GAUUAUUUUCUUCGACAAACCAUCUAUUGAAGCCGUGAUUACCCAUCGGAAUUGGUUAAUACCUGUUUCCAAUAUGACAGGGGAUUAUUGUAAGAAAAUUAUCACCGUUGUUGGUGCCACAGGUACCCAGGGCAGCUCGGUCGUGCGGUCUCUGGUUCAAAACCCAGACUUCGAGGUCCGCUGUGUCACCAGGAAUAUCUCGUCCACCAGAGCCCAAGAGCUGCUGAAGUUGGGAGCUAAACUCAUAGAGGCCGAUGGGCUAAACAGGACGCAAAUGAUUGAAGCCUUCACCGGCAGCUGGGGUGCCUUCAUCAACACCAAUUCUGAAGAUCCGCACUUGGCUGAAAUCGGUAAAACAGACCUCGAUCUCGGCGGCAAUAUUAUGCGCUGCGCUGCCGAGGCCGGGGUACAACAUGUUGUCUAUAGUUCUGCCCCCAACCCAGCCAAACUUACAAGAGGCCAAUUGGUCAUCCCGGGACUUGAUUACAAAGCAGAGGUUGAAGCAAUUGGCCGCGGCCUCGAGGCCUUCCAGACCUUUACACCGAUCAUUUUGGCCUGGUUCCUAGAGAACUAUUUGGAUCCGGCGUACGCAGGGAUCUUCGGCGGCUUCCCACUGGUAAAGGAUGAUGAAGGAUAUCUCACUUACCGCAUCCCUAUUUGGGGUGGGUAUGAAGAUGCUCCUUGGAUCAGUGUUACUGAUGAUCUCGGAGAUAUCGUGCACGGUAUUUUCCUGAACCCGAAUCGGUGGAAUGGGCGUCUCGUCCAGGCAAAUGGUGAUAUUGCCUCCUUUGGUGAUAUCGUCGCCAAGUUCACCAAAGUGACUGGACGCAAGGCGAGAUACAUCCCAUAUGCCACAGCCGACGAUUUUCCUACGAACGGUGUCCAUUUCUUGGAACAGAUCCGCGACAUGUUCAAGUUUGUCCAUUCUAGAGAUGGGGAGUAUUACAGCACUGGAAUCACCGAGCUGCGGUCCGCAGCCGAGCUGAAGCACGCUGCAUUUAUUGCCAAAGGGGGCAAGGGCCGAGAGAAGCUCAUGUCGGUAGAGGAAUGGUUUAAGGCAAAGUUUGUCAACUGAAAUGGGACUAGGAACCCACCGGAGAGAGUGGUGAGAGGCACCCUUAGAAGCAACAAGACUCUGCCAGUGGUCAACAAACAAAAUCAG